AAAGAGAUGUAGAUAGGCAAGGGGGGCGUGCGGAGUACUACAAGGACAGAGAAACACCCCUACUUCCUUACUUACUUGCCCAUUACUCCUCAUUGCACUUGGUCACACAACCUCCAUCUUCCAUAUUGCAUACAUCUAUACGUAGUAUAGGGGUUUCACGAUUCCGCAACCAACAGACAGGUCACGCGAGAGAGAGAGAAAAAAAAGAAAAAGGAGAAAGGGAGAAAGGAAGAGAAACAAACAUGGGAGCACCUUCGGCAGCAGUAACGGAAAUCGAGCACGCGCCACCCCCUGAUGCCGAUGCUGACAGAGAUGGCACCCGCUCAGGCACCCAUCAGCAGGCGCAUAAGGGCGGCGACGAAGACGAAGAGGGGAACAGAGGUGGUAGAGACAUCGCGGCAACCUUCCUAGCGAAGAACGCAGCGGGACAGCGGAUCCGGGUGACAGCGGCGGACUCGGCGCGAGUGCUGCGGCGGAUCGACGUGGUGAUACUGCCGCUGAUGCUGACGGUGUACUUCCUGCAGGGGCUGGACAAGGCCACGCUCGCGUACGCAUCGGUGUUUGGGCUGCUGCAGGACACGCGGCUGGCCGGCGACCAGUUUGGCUGGCUCGGCAGCAUUGUCUACCUCGCUCAGCUCGUCAUGCAGCCUCCCCUCGCCUGGCUCCUCGUGCGCCUGCCCAUCGCCAAGUUCACCAGCGCCAUGGUCCUCUGCUGGGGCAUCUCACUCGCUUGCAUGGCUGCUGCCCAUAAUUUUGGCGGCCUGCUGGCCACGCGCUUCUUCUUGGGCGUGUUCGAGGCCAGCGUUGCCCCGAGCUUUGUCGCCAUCACUCAGAUGUGGUGGAGGAGGAGGGAGCAGACGGUUCGGACGAGCUACUGGUAUGCGAUGAACGGAAUCACGAAUAUGUUUGGCAGCUUGAUCACGUACGGCCUAGGCCAUAUCGAAUCAGAACUGCGCUCCUAUCAGAUAAUCUUCCUAUUCUUUGGGAUAAUCACUGUUGCGUUUAGCUUCGUGAUGCUUACCUUUAUGCCCGACUCACCGAUCGAAGCAAAGUUCCUCAGCGAUGACGAUAAAGUAAUCGCUGUUGAGCGGCUGCGCAUGAAUCAAAUGGGAGUUAUUUCGCGCGAGUGGAGCAAUGACCACUUAAAGGAGGCUCUCCUAGACCCCAAGUCUUGGCUUUGGUUCGCGCUGCUGUUCUCUAUCAGCGUCCCCUCCGGCGGCAUCUCGACGUUCGGGCCGCUCAUCAUAGAGACGUUCGGGUUUGACCGAUUCCGGACUAUACUGUUUAAUAUCCCCUUUGGGUUUGUGCAAUUCGUCGCCACUAUUGGGGGAGCUUUUCUCGCCCAGAAGAUCAAGAUGAAGGGACCUGUCAUCGCCUUACUCUGUCUGCCCCCUAUCGCGGGCUGUGUGAUGCUUAUGGUCCUUCCCCGAGAUGCUUCUCACCGAGCGCCGCUGUUAGUCGGAUACUAUCUAAUCUCGGUUUAUCCGGGUAUAACUCCACUCAUAUACUCGUGGGCGUCACAAAACACGGCCGGUGACACGAAGAAGAAAUGCACGAAUGCGAUUCUCCUCGUUGGCCAAUCAACUGGAAACGUAAUUGGUCCAUUGUUGUAUACACAAAACGAAGCGCCCGGCUAUACCAGGGGCUUACGCUCAAAUCUGGGACUUUACAUCGCGAUCAUUGUUCUGGUUGGGAUCACCACUGCGUACCUGAAGAUGUUGAAUCGAGAUCACGCGACAAGGAGGGUGGCACUAGGAAAGAGUGCCGUCAUAAUCGACACCAGUUUAGAUGCAGAGAGCCCGCAGGCGGCAGAGACGGAAAAUGCUCGAAACGUAGAGGAAGGCGACGCUGCUAUCGGCGCUGUCUACAACGAUGAGAUGGAAAGACCCGGUGACAGAGCGUUCGAAAACCUCACUGACAUGCAAAACGAGGAUUUCGUUUUUGUUCUCUAAGUAUCUCGCCGUAUUUAGAGACCUGGAGGCGUUGCUUACUCGGGAUUAUUACAAAAAAGG